CCAGUCCACGCGGUGUGUCCAGUCCAGCCUAUAAAGUGUUGUCAAACCCCCUCAACUAUGAUCAAAAUUAACCGGUCUCCAAAAUGCAUUCAUCCUCAGCAUUAGUAGCUCUCAUCCUCGCCUUGGUUGUCGUGACUUCGGCCAUUCCCAAACCUCGUCAAAAUGCUCCCGAGGAUCCCGAACCCAUUUUAAGAGUUACAACAUGUGGCGGCUUUGUUGAGGCGUCUUCUGCCACGAUAGAUUUCCAACCUGGUGGAUCCAUCAGAGCAGAUAUGCGAUGCAUUUGGACUGUAAGGGCUACAUACGAUUCGCAACGAUUUAACCUCGUCUCAUCCGGCCUGAGCGAGAACGACGGCCUUUAUGUGACCGAGUAUAUUGUUAUUCCGGGGGCACAACAGAAAUUGACAACUGUUGGUCAGAAUUACACCGUAGGGACGAAAACAGUCCUCGUGACUUUAAGCGUUGGCCACGCCCCCACGUUUGGAUUUAGUUUACAGUUUUUCUCCAGCGGUUCCAGCACGAAUCAUAUGUUGAGCGGUCAUGCCGAGCUGGUGGGAACGAGGGGGAAUUUCUCUUACCCGAAUAAUGGGAUUCCUUAUCAAAAUUAUGAAAUCGCCCUAUUUACCAUCAGUCCGUCCAUCCCGGCCCAACCAACCUUGAGGUUCACGGCGAUGGCACUCGAAAGUGAUUCACUCUGCCAGUACGACUCUGUCAGAACGUUUACUUGGUUCAAUGAUCAAUAUUCUCAGGUGGCAAGAAUUUGCGGAAGUACUAUUCCGCCCAGUCUGACUCUCCAAGGGGGCCUUGGGCUCAUCUCGUUUACGACGGACUCUAGCAUUACUGGGGCAGGAUUCUCGUUUGAAUGGGAGUAAUGGGGAAUCAAAUGCGAAAUUUAAAACUGACUGCUGAUCUAUGUACUCAUGUUAUUAUUGUUACCAGUAUUCUAAGCUAAUGCUUUUUAAUAAAUGUGAUGUAAUAUACUGUGAUACACUUACA